UAGUUACUUCCGUUGGUGUAUGAAACAUCACAUUUUCAUGAUUUUGUAUUGUUUUGAAAAAGCCGGGUAUUUAUUUAGAAACUUUAAGUGAUUCUUGUUGAGAUACGUCGUAGAGAUUUAAUAAUGAAGAUGAAUAUCACUUCUGCAGCUGGAGUGAUUUCUCUUUUGGAUGAGCCUGAACCACAGUUAAAGGCUUUUGCCCUAGAAAAACUAAACAGCAUUGUAGAUGUAUUUUGGGCAGAAAUAUCUGAAAAUGUGGACAAAAUAGAAGUGUUAUAUGAAGAUGCUGCAUUCAAGAACAGUGAACUCGCAGCCCUGGUAGCCUCCAAGGUUUAUUAUCAUUUGGGAGCUUUUGAAGAAUCCUUGACCUUUGCCCUGGGUGCUGGCUCCCUCUUCAAUGUCAAUGACACAUCUGAAUAUGUGGAAACUAUCAUAGCCAAGUGUAUAGACUUCUACACAAAGCAGCGAGUCAAAAACAGUGAUGGCAGGGAGGAACAGAAGAAGGAGAUUGAUCCUCGACUGGAGGCCAUCGUCAACAGAAUGUUUCUGAGGUGCUUCGAUGACAAGCAGUAUAAACAGGCCGUAGGGAUAUCACUGGAAACCAGAAGAAUUGAUAUCUUUGAGAAAGCCAUCUUAGAAAGUGAAGACGUAAAUGCUAUGUUACUGUACAGCCUAAAUGUCUGUAUGUCCUUGAUUCCAAACCGUCACUUCAGGAACACAGUUCUCCUGCUGCUAACUAAACUAUACAUGGGGCUGGAGACUCCCGACUACAUCAACGUGUGUCAGUGCUACAUUUUUCUGGAUGAUGCCCAGGCCGUGGCUGACAUAUUGGAAAAACUACUGAAGGGAACAGAGGACAAUGUACUGAUGGCCUACCAGAUUGCUUUUGACAUGUAUGACAGUGCCACACAACAGUUUCUGCUGCGGGUACAGAAUGCCCUCAGGUCAACUGUCCCCCUCCCCGAAACCGACCCCAAAAAAUCGGGUGACGGAAAGGAGGAGACAAGCCAGGAUGAAGCAAAGGAAAAAAUGGACACAGAAGCAUCUGAUACCACACCCUCACAGACCCCAGCUGUCCCCCCAUCAAAACCACAGACUGAAGAGGAGAAGGCUUUAGCGGACAGGAUGAAGAAGCUUCACACCAUUCUGGGAGGCGAGAUCACGAUCGGACUCCACCUACAGUUCUUAAUCAGGAACAAUAAAUCUGAUAUACUUGUACUCAAAAAUACAAAGGAGGCAGUAAGAAAUUCUGUAUGUCAUUCAGCUACAGUGAUAGCUAACUCUUUUAUGCACUGUGGAACAACCUGUGAUCAAUUUUUAAGAGAUAAUUUGGAAUGGUUAGCUAGAGCUGCAAACUGGGCUAAAUUUUCAGCUACUGCUAGUCUAGGUGUUAUACAUAAGGGUCAUGAAAAAGAGGCGCUGAAUCUCAUGUCUACAUACUUACCUAAAGAUUCUGGUCCCGGGUCAGCUUAUUCUGAAGGAGGGGGACUCUAUGCUUUAGGUUUAAUACAUGCUAACCAUGGCGGAGAAAUAACAGACUAUCUCCUCAACCAAUUGAAAGAUGCCUCAACUGAUAUGGUUCGACAUGGUGGCUGUCUUGGUUUGGGUUUGGCUGCCAUGGGAACAGCAAGACAAGAUAUUUAUGAACAGUUGAAGUUUAACCUUUACCAAGAUGAUGCAGUCACAGGUGAAGCAGCAGGAAUAGCCAUGGGUCUGGUCAUGUUGGGUACUAAACAGUCUACUGCUAUCGAAGACAUGGUGGCUUAUGCCAAGGAGACACAGCAUGAGAAGAUCUUGAGAGGCCUGGCCCUGGGUAUCGCCCUCACCAUGUAUGGGCGACUGGAAGAGGCUGACGCUCUCAUUGACAGUCUGUGUAUGGACAAGGACCCCAUCUUAAGGUGGUCCGGCAUGUUUACCAUCGCUAUGGCGUACUGUGGCUCAGGAAGCAACCAGGCCAUCCGUAAACUACUACAUGUGGCUGUCAGUGAUGUUAACGAUGACGUGAGGAGAGUGGCAGUGACCUCCCUUGGAUUCCUCCUAUUCAGGUUUGUUUGUAUGUCUGUAGAGAAACUGGAGGAGCAGCUAUCAUCUUGUAUAGCUUUCUUCUCACCAGUUUAUUUUGCACGUCUGAAAAAUGAAUGUGUCCUAUUCUUUACUGUUUUAUUGAUAGAACAAGAAAAAAGCAAUUGCAGUAAAUUCAUCUCCCUAUUUAUCAGAAGAAACAAUAGUAAGGUGUUUGUGGCAUUAUGA